AUGGAAAGAGACUUGUCUGAAAAACAUCCGCCUGAGAAACAGCUUUCUAAUAAUUCAUACGGUUUUGACAACGAAGAAAAUGCCACCAACAUUACUACCAAUCCCAAUGCCAAUCAUCAUGAUCAACCUGAGACUGAAACCUGCGAUCAGUUGGUGUCCCAGUCACCUAAAGCAGGGGUGAAAGUGGAAGAAUCAGACAGUACAGGUCAUGAGAUCGAGGAAGUUUUACAUGAGGAGAAAGAAAAUGAUGAAGAGAUUGGAGACAUCUCUCCUCCUGAAAUUCAUUAUACCCUUGAAACUGUGUCUCAAGACAUUGAUCAGUUUAUUACAACACUGUCAGCCACUCCGAAAGAUGCAAAAGAAACAAUUGUAGAAGAAGAAAAGGAAGAAAAAGAUGAGAAGGUGCCUAUGGAGAUUCCCGUGUUUGUUGAGAAAUUUUUGGAUCUUGUUGAAGAAAAGGUGGCGAAACAUGAGUUGACUGAAGGGAAAGGGAAGUGGGGUCAAAAUCCUGAGGAGGAUUCGUCAUUUCUUGAAGCUGUGAAUCGGAUUUCCAAGCUAACAUCUUCCCUUGAUGGAUUGAGAUCCGAUCCAAAUCGUGCAGCAUUGAUUAGCCGCAUUGGAGGGAUUCAACAGCGAGCAAUGGCAUGCUUGGAGGAUGAAUUCAGGUUCACUCUUGAAGAUAUUAAACACAAUGAUCAAGAUCCUAAUACUGAUGCAAAAGGGAAGCAACAUGAAGCUGACCGCUGCGUACUGCCAGAAUCUGAAUCAGCAGAAACUGACAACUUCUUAGGAUAUUCUGAUGAUGCUGUUUCAAAACUGAAUAGAAUUGCCAAGGAGAUGAUUGGAGGUGGAUUUGAAUCUGAAUGUUGCCAUGUGUACAUGAUGAUUAGGGGGCAAGCAUUUGAUGAGUGCUUCACCGAGAUAGGAUUUGAGAAGAUCAGCAUUGAUGAGGUGCAGAAGAUGCAAUGGGAAGCUUUGGAAAGAGAGAUCCCUUUAUGGAUCAAGGCCGUCAAGGAAUAUGCAAGCAUUUACUUCGUGAAAGAGCUAAAGCUCGCCGAGGCUAUUUUCUCCAAUCAUUCCUCAAUCUCCUCUAGCCUUUUCAGCAAUCUUACGCGCAGUGUGUUGAUCCAGCUCCUAAAUUUUGCUGAAGCUGUUGCAAUGACAAAGCGCUCGGCAGAGAAGUUAUUUAAGUUUCUUGACAUGUAUGAAACUCUGCGCGACAGUCUUCCAGCAAUGGGGGCUCUGUUUUCAGAGGAAUAUGAAAAUGAGCUUAAAACAGAGUCAACAACAGCUCGGUGUCGGAUUGGAGAGGCUGCAAUCUGUAUGUUUUGUGAUUUGGAGAAUUCAAUCAAGUCUGAUACAGGAAAAACUCCAGUGCCUGGCGGUGCGGUUCACCCGUUGACUCGCUACACGAUGAAUUAUCUGAAGUAUGCAGGUGAAUACAUAGCAACUCUUGAGCAAGUCUUUCGAGAACAUUCAAAGAUCGAACGUGCUGAUUCAACAAGCAGGCCACGCUACGAAAGUGAGUCACAAAACUUUAACAAUGACAAUGAUGAAGAAAAUCAGUCUCCAUUUUCAAAUCAAUUGGUGAGAGUAAUGGACUUAUUAGACUCCAAUUUGGAGGCCAAGUCGAAGCUUUAUAAGGAUAUUGCAUUGAGCUGCAUUUUCAUGAUGAAUAAUGGACGCUACAUUGUGCAAAAGAUCAAAGGCUCCACAGAGAUCCGUCAAAUGAUGGGAGAUCCAUGGUGCCGCAGGAAAUCCUCGGAACUCAGGAACUACCAUAAGAAUUAUCAAAGAGAGACGUGGAGCAAACUCCUGGGUUGUUUAGGCCAUGAGGGACUGCAAGUGAAUGGAAAAGUAAUUAAGCCAGUCUUGAAAGAGAGGUUCAAGAGCUUCAACGUGUUAUUUGAUGAGAUCCACAAGGCGCAGAGCUCAUGGGUGGUGAGUGAUGAACAACUUCAAUCAGAGCUUAGAGUUUCAAUAACGGCGGUGGUGAUACCAGCAUACCGGUCCUUCAUGGGGAGGUUUUCGCAGUAUUUAACCCCUGGAAGACAAACAGAAAAGUACAUAAAAUAUCAGGCUGAAGACUUGGAGACUUAUAUUGAUGAACUUUUUGAUGGAAAUUCUGCCUCCGGGGCCCGGAAGAGACCAUAAUAUUCAUGAUCUAGCUCCUUUCAUGAACAAAUUGAGCAUUCAAAGGUUAAGUUAAGGAUGCAAUUUGGAGGAGUUGAAGCAUACAUUUUGUUAUUUUUCAAAGGAUUUGCAGUCAAUUGUAGCCACCUUGAUAAUGUAAGGGUGCAACAUGUUGUAAGGAGGCCUCUUGUUUUUCUGCUGGAAAUGCAUGGGUAAUGCUAGCAAUUAUUCAUGGAACUCCAUCGG